AUCAACACGCCUUUCAAGGGAAUCCAUCUCUUUCCUCCUCAAAACCUCCAUCUCAUCACAGGAUCGCCUUAGCGUUUCUUCUCUUCUUAAAGCCUUGGUUUUCAUUAUUCAGAAGACAUUCUUUUUGCAAUACGGACAAGGACGGUUCGGCAACAGCACUCAAGUUUUUCCCCUCAGCCUCCUCCCCUCUCACCUCCUUCCAUCUUCUCUAGACUCCUGUGAAAAUGGUGAAAGAAACCAAAUACUACGAUAUUCUAGGGGUUCCUCCCAAUGCCACCGAAGCACAGUUGAAAACAGCUUAUAAGAAAGGUGCUUUGAAGCACCAUCCAGACAAGAACGCCCAUAAUCCUGAUGCCGCCGAAAAGUUCAAGGAUUUAUCACAUGCUUAUGAGGUUCUGUCGGAUCCACAGAAACGCCAGCUCUACGAUCAAUAUGGUGAAGAAGGCCUAGAACAAGGCGGCGCGGCCGGCGGAAUGAAUGCGGAAGACCUAUUUGCCCAGUUCUUUGGCGGCGGCGGAGGUUUCGGCGGCAUGUUCGGCGGUGGAAUGAGAGAUACUGGCCCCAAGAAGGCAAGGACCAUCCACCACGUGCACAAGGUUUCUUUGGAAGAUAUCUACCGUGGCAAAGUCUCGAAGUUGGCUCUCCAGAAGUCGAUCAUUUGUCCAGGAUGCGACGGACGCGGAGGAAAAGAGGGUGCUGUUAAGCAGUGCUCUGGAUGUAAUGGUACCGGUAUGAAGAUUAUGAUGCGCCAGAUGGGCCCAAUGAUCCAGCGUUUCCAAAGCGUUUGCCCUGAUUGUAACGGAGAGGGAGAGAUUAUCCGGGAGAAGGAUCGUUGCAAGCGCUGCUCGGGCAAGAAGACCGUCAUCGAGAGGAAAGUUCUUCAUGUCCACGUUGACCGUGGUGUCAAGAACGGCCACAGGAUUGAUUUCCGUGGGGAGGGUGAUCAGAUGCCAGGAGUCCUGCCCGGUGAUGUAGUGUUUGAAAUCGAGCAGAAGCCUCAUCCACGAUUCCAGCGCAAAGACGAUGAUUUGUUUUACCAAGCCGAUAUAGAUCUUCUCACCGCAUUGGCUGGAGGCUCGAUAAACAUCGAACAUCUGGACGACCGGUGGUUGGCGGUUAAUAUUGCUCCCGGAGAACCUAUCGUACCCGGAGCUGUCAAGGUUAUCAAAGGACAAGGAAUGCCGUCGUUCCGCCAUCACGACUUCGGAAACCUCUACAUUCAAUUCAACGUGAAAUUCCCGAAGGGAGAGGAUCUUCGAAACCUUGAAUUGCUAGAACAAGUCCUCCCACCACGUGUGCAGCAGACACAGCCACCCCCAGAUUCAAUGGUUGAAGACUUCGAAUUGGAGGAGGUGGACGAGGGUUCUCGGGCCCGUGCUCACGGAGCUGCCAGCCUUGAUGAAGAAGACGAAGAUGGCAUUCCACCUGGCGCGGAACGGAUGCAAUGCGCAUCGCAAUAAAACUCUCGUAUAAUUCGGAACCUUGCAUAGCGUGAUGUGUGAAACGGGGGAGAGUUUUUUUCAUCUCCCAUACUCUUGGAUGGAGAAGAGUCGGCUUCGGUGUUGACAAUGGACUUUUCCCUUUGUUGUGAUUCCAUCAUGAAAAAAGAGGCAUUAUCUUUCAUCCCUGGAGACUGAAGCAUGAAAUACGGGUGUUCGGAAGGACAUUUUUCUUCCCGGCAUCGGAUACGAACAACACAAAACGAUCAUCUGCCUUUUACUACAUAAUAUUCUUUGCCCGCCUGCCUGUCGUCUGUUCGUUCUGUUCCUAUUCUUUUUUUUAUUAUUUAUUUAUUUAUUUUUGGCCGAGCAAAGUCAGUGCUUUCUAUUUCGUUGCUGGGCCUGCCUGCUCUCCCUGUGUACCCUUCCCCCAGUUUCAUUGGCCAGUUUUCUUUUGUCCCCUCGUAUUCUCCUCGCCUUCUGAUGACUAUGAGACCACGAUGCGAUAAUUCAAAGACGGAGGAGGGUUUGGGAGCCACGAACGCUUACAUACCAUAGACGAUACCAAUUGCAAUCAUGGUUUGGGAAUUCUA